AUAGAAUUAUCUCCAUUCCCCGAUUCCCUCCUCUUCCGAGCAGAAAUACCUGAAUUAGCUGCACAGUACCCGGCGUCGUUUUCUCCUCUGCUCUCCCCCCUCACUCCCCAUGUCCUUUAGCUGCAGCACACUGCGUCGCCUCCCAUCGCAAACACACAUCUUCUCCGCUUCUCUUACCCAAAUCGCUCCUUUCACCUCCACGAAUGACGCCCCCGUUCUUCAUCCAAACCCGGAAACCAACCCGACUCCGGCAAUCUGUUUGCUCACGGACCAUAUUCUGAGAUCCACCGUCUCAGACCUAAUCGCGAAGCAGCACUGGUCCAAACUCAGAAUCAUAAUCAAUCCAGCCGACCCAAUCGCCUUCUUCUUACAGCUAUUCCAGUCCGGGUUUAAUUCGGACGCCAUUAUCGCGUUCUUCAAAUGGUCCCAGAGUGCGUAUAAGGUUUCUUAUUCUCUCCAGCAUCUGUGCAGAUUGUUGGUUUUGGCUGCGAACGAAAAGAGAUACCCAAAGGUUAGAUCUUUGCUGCACUCGUUUGUUAAAGAUGGCAAAAUCCAUUCGGUUUCCGUGUUUUUUCAUGUCUUGUUGACGUGUAGUGAUGGCCACCAUGUUAGCUCUCUUAUUGUUGAUAUGCUGUUACUGGCUCUUGUUAAUGCUUUGAAACUUGAUUUUGCAAUAGAGGCGUUUAAGCGGGCGGGUGAUUAUGGGUUUAAGCUCUCUGUUCAUUCGUGUAAUCCGCUUUUGGCUCUGUUGGUAAAGGAGAGGAAAACUGAGGUAGUUGAGUUCAUGUACAAGGAAAUGAUUAGGAGGAGGAUUGUGCUUAAUUUGUUCACAUUUAAUGAGAUUAUAAACGGGCUGUGUAAGGCGGGGAAGUUGAAUAAGGCUAAGGAUGUUGUGGAAGACAUGAGGAUUAGGGGAGUGAUGCCGAAUGUGGUGACUUAUAAUACUUUAAUUGAUGGGUAUUGUAAGAGGGGAGGAGCGGCGAAAAUGUACAAAGCAGAUGAAGUGUUAAAGGAAAUGGUGGAAAAGGGGAUUAAACCAAGUGAGAUAACAUAUAACACUCUUAUUGAUGGAUUCUGUAAGGAUAAUAAUGUUAAGGCAGCUUUAAAGAUUUUUCGUGAGAUGGGGGAGCACGGGACAAGGGCAAACAUUGUGACAUUUAACUCAUUGAUUAACGGGCUUUGUGGGGAUGGACGGAUUAGCGAUGCUCAAGAUUUACAGGCAGAAAUGGCGAGGCUGGGGUUGGAGCCAAAUAUUGUCACUUACAAUGCCCUUAUAAAUGGGUUUUCUAAAACGAAGAUGUUGGGGAAGGCUAGGGAGUUGCUUGAUCAAAUAAUGGAGCAGGGAUUAGAUGUCAAUGUGUUAACUUUUAACCCUAUGAUUGACGCAUAUUGUAAGGCUGGGAGAAUGGAAGAAGCAAUGUCAAUUCUUGACUUGAUGUUGAGCAAAAUGAUUCAACCAAACGUUUCCACGUACAAUUGCUUAAUCGGGGGCUUUUAUACGGAUGGGAAUGCCGAAACAGCUAAAAAUAUGCUGGAUGAGAUGGAACAGAAGGGAAUGAAAGCUGAUCUUGUAACCUACAACAUAAGGAUCGAUGCAAUGUGCAAGAGGGGUGAAUCAAGAAAGGCUCUAGGCCUGCUGGAUGAGAUCUUUGAGCAGGGCUUAGUUCCAAGCCACAUAACAUACAACACAUUAAUGGCUGGUUAUUGCGAUCAAGGAAAUCCAAAGGCAGCUGUUACCAUUAGGAGAAGAAUGGAGAGAGAAGGAAAGAAGCCAAAUGUCGCCACAUUCAAUGUGCUAAUGAGGGGGUUUUGCUCAAAAGACGACGAUGCUGGAACAGCUAAAAAAAGAUGGAACACCCAACCCCAGGGGGUUGGUGGAGGAGGUAAACCGUGGGACAUGCCUCAACUGGCCAGGGACAAGAUUUUUGUCACGGCUAAACUCACCAUGCAAGGGGCUGAAUCCAAAGAAUAGCCUCGAAGAUUAGGACAUCCACCCUAUAGGUCGCCAGCAAGGCUCACACGAUGCCCCUGCCUGUGCCAUGGGGUUCUGAAACAGCUAAAAAGAUGCUGGAUGGGAUGGUGCACAAGGGAAUGAAGGUUGAUCUUGUAACCUACAAUAUACAGAUCAGUCUGUUACGAACUGAAACCAUUUGCAAGGUAUGAAACUUGUCCCACGU